AUGGAUACGGUCUCGAUAGCUGAUGGAAUUCCACAAAAUCCAAAUGAAGAAAGAUUUAAACAAUUAGUUGAAAAGUUUAAAAAAGUCUAUAAUGGUAUUCAACCACAAUUUCUUUGUCGUGCACCAGGUCGGGUGAAUCUUAUUGGCGAACAUAUUGAUUAUUGUGGUUAUUCUGUACUACCAAUGGCAAUUGAUCAAGACAUUGUAGCCGUUUUCGCAGCAAGUGAUAAUAAUGAGGUGGAAAUCAGUAAUACUGAUGAAUCAUUUCAAGCGGGUUCAUUUACUAUUGGAAAAUUUUCUAUUUCAUACGAAAAAUCUGAUUGGUAUGAAUAUUUUAAAUGUGGUGUUCAAGGUAUUCAUGAUAAGUUUCCUGAUUUUAACUUAAAAGGUAUGAAAGUAUUAAUUGAUGGAACGAUUCCACGUAGCGCUGGUCUUUCAUCUUCUUCGGCUCUAGUCGUUUGUGCUGCUUUGACUACGGCAAUUGCUAAUGGAAUCACUAUUGGCAAGACUGAUCUAGCAGAACGUUGUGCUGAAUGCGAAAAAUAUAUUGGCACACAAGGAGGUGGAAUGGAUCAAGCAGCAUCUUGUCUUGCACGUAGUGGUUCAGCAAUGCUAAUUAGUUUUAAUCCAUUGAAAAUUCAAGAUGUAACUUUACCAGUUGGUUGUGCUUUUGUUGUUACACAUUCGUUGACUGAACUUAAUAAAGCUGCAUCAGAUCAUUUUAAUAUUCGUGUAUCUGAAUGUCGAUUAGCGACACAAAUAUUAGCUCACGCGAAAAAUCUUGAUUGGCGUUCUAUUCGUAAACCUUCUGAAUUACAAAUUGCUCUCGGUUUAACGAUAACUGAAUUGGAAAAAUUUGCACUUGACACACUUCAUAAAUUACCUUAUACACUUAAUGAAAUAGCUGAUUUAUUAAGUGUUACUGUUGAUGAAUUAAUUAGCAUUAGUUUAAAACCGAAUGUGAAUCGAGAACAAAAAUUUGAAUUAUGUAAUCGUAUAAAACAUGUUCUCAGUGAAGCAAAUCGUGUUUUACUUUUUAAACAAGUAUGUGAUUCGAAUACACAUGAUCGACUUGAAAAACUGGGAGAAUUAAUGAAUCAAAGUCAUAAUAGUUGUUCCAAAUUAUAUGAAUGUAGUAGCAAUGAACUUGAUGAACUAACUGAUAUAUGCCGACAAAGUGGUGCUCUUGGAUCACGUCUUACAGGUGCUGGAUGGGGUGGUUGUGCUGUUUCGCUUGUACGAGAAGAAAAUCUUCAUACAUUUAUUACAAGUGUACGCGAUAAAUUUUACAUAAAUAGUAAAGAUACUAAACGAGCUGUUAAAGCUGAGCAAAGUAUUUUUCCAACAUUACCUGGAUGUGGAAUUUAUGUCGCAAGAUUAUAA